UAUAGUGAGAAGUCUAAUUAUACACUUUGACCUCCAAGAGGCCCAACAAACUACGACUGCGAGUACCUGAUGAGAACGUGAGCAAUGUUGAGGAUGACAAUUUCUCGUUUCCCGGCGAUGUUGGCGGCCACUUCAUCGACGCCGUCUUCAUGGUGGUCUAUCACUCAUCAAACACCUUCCACGAUAGCCGUCAAGGUGGCUCCGUCUUCAACUCUUCAAUACCGUCGUCGGUUCGCCCUCUUUCUUUGUUCUGACUCACACCCUACUUCCACCGUCGACCCCACUCAGCUCCCUCUUCAAGAACCCUCAUCAAAGCAGGCCACUUUGAAGUCCGGAUUAUACCUAGUAGGAACUCCAAUCGGAAAUCUUGAAGAUAUCACCUUGAGAGCUCUGCGCGUUUUAAGAUCAGCCGAUGUGAUACUUGCAGAGGAUACGAGGCAUUCCGGCAAGUUGCUUCAACAUUAUAGCAUCAAAACCCCCCUUCUGAGCUAUCAUAAAUUCAAUGAGACCCAACGAGAGCAAUCCAUAUUAAAAAGAUUGAUUGAUGGUGAGAUUGUAGCACUCAUUAGUGAUGCGGGGACACCAGGCAUCAGCGACCCUGGCACUGAACUGGCAAAGUUGUGUGUGGAAGCGAAUAUCUCAGUCAUACCAAUACCAGGGCCUUGUGCUUUUGUAACUGCUCUUUCAGCCUCGGGUUUAUCCACUAUUGAAUUCACAUUCGUUGGGUUUCUUCCCAAAAAUGCGGGCCCAAGAAGGGAAAGGCUCACGGUUUCUGCAAAAGAACUAGCCACACAAAUAUUCUAUGUUCCUCCACACAAGCUUUCACAGUUUCUUGAAGAGACUUCCGCUCUUUUUGGCGAAUCUAGACGAUGUGUCAUGGCACGAGAGAUCACCAAAAUGCAUGAAGAGGCUCAGUUGGAGAAUGAAUUGGAAGAAUUGAUGUCCAAUGGGCAUAGUCUUUCUACGGCAGUGAAAGUGGUGGCUGCAGGGUCAGCAAUGAAGAGAAAGGCAAUAUAUUCACUGGCUUUAAGAAAAUUUGGGAAGCAACAUGAUGCAGUGGAAAAUGUCGGUUGAAUUAUUUAUUUUUGUGCUUUCAUGAAUUCUUUCAAUUCCUCUAUCUUAGUUGUUUAGGCUCAACGCCAUUAGUUUUUUUAAUUUUUAUUAAUUUUCUUUUUGCUUUUUUGAAUGGGAGCUAGGG